CGAAGAGCCUCUACCGUCAAAAAUUGGCAUUAACGUAGAAAAGAUCUGAGAAGAACACGUUCGAUUAUAUUCUAUUUACUGUUAGAAGAUUUAAUCAUGAGUGAAGAGUUAGAAGAUAUACCAAGUGCUGACACUUGCCAGAAACUGUGUGAACAGUUUGCUGAAAUAACUGAAACAGAUACAAUAUGGGCUCAAAUAUAUCUUCAAGAAAGAAAUUGGAAUUUACAAAGUGCAAUAUCUGACUAUUUCGAAAAAAAUGCAACUGGUAGUCAAAAAAAUAUCAAAGUUUUUCAGUUGAGUGAUUCAGGUGAUUCAUCUAAAGUGUGUGUGUUCUCUGCAGAAAAUAACAGUCAUUCUUCUAAUAAUGUAAAACAUACACUGAAAUUCAUCACUUGGAACAGUGAUGGACUUGAUGAAAAAAAUCAAUUAUUGAGAAUAAGACGUAUCUGUAAGAUAAUAAAGUGCGAAGAUGCUGAUAUUGUCUUUUUGCAAGAAGUUAUUCCAAAAACAUUAGAUGAAAUAGUUAAACAUCUACCAGAAUAUAAAUGCAUUCCAGGUAACAAUGUAGAAUAUUUUACUGUGACGCUUCUCAAAAAGAAUACUGUUUCAUAUAUAGACCAUGAUAUACAUGAAUAUCCAAAUACUCGUAUGGGUAGAAAUUUGCUACAGGUAGAUGUUAAAAUAGGAAAAAUUCCAAUAACAUUAUUUAAUACACAUUUGGAGAGUACAGGAGAAGCUUCACAAGAGAGAAUGCAACAAUUAAGAACAGCAUUUGAUAAAAUGUUGGAAGUUUCAAGUGAAAAAGCUGUCAUUCUAGCAGGAGAUCUUAAUCUCAGGGAUAAAGAAAUGCCACCUCACAGUAUUCCUACAGCAAUUGAAGAUAUGUGGGUAAUUUGUGGCAGUCGAAAAGAGUGUGCUUACACAUGGGAUAUGACAAGGAAUGACAAUUUAACAUUCAAUUCUGGAUCCCGCUAUAAACCUCGAUUCAGAUUUGACCGCGUCUAUAUCAGACAGUCAUCGCCAUCUACAGUCGAACCAGAAUAUUUUGGUCUAAUUGGCUUGGAAAGGUUGCUUCCACAUAGAUGUUUUCCAAGUGAUCAUUGGGGCAUCUUAAGUAAAUUUCAAUAUCAAAAAUAGAUUUUGUUGAAUAAGCUACAACAAUUUCUGUAGAAUUUUCACUCAGUAUAUUUUGUUACAAAAUUUUUUCCAUUCUCAAAUAUUGUGAAAAAU